GCAGUAUGUGUUGCACAACCGGAAGUGGAGUGAUUGUGCUUUCAAUAUUAAAAAAAUCUAGUUGUUUGGAUCGAAGCGACGUAUCGUUCAUUUUAACAUUAAACGUGUUUUUUUGUCACCGUACUUGUAGUUAAAACGUUUUUAUGCUGUUUUUGGCCGCUCAACAAAGCAACUGACAUAUUCCCACCUGUCACUUUCGUUCAGUUUGAAAGUCAACCGGAAGUAGCGCGCUCACACCGGCGUGAACGCAGCCUGACUUUGUCGCCAUUGUGAAGUUAAAGCAGGUAAACACUUUGUAAAUAACUCCAUUUAAAGUACUAUUUGACACUUGUGGCCUCAGCUGCUCGCCAGUCUUCACAGGUAAACAUGGCGCCAUGCAUGGUGGACAUGAUGAUGAUGAUGAUCGUCUUCAUCUGCUGCUGCCAGGCGAAGCGGGACCAAACGCUCUACUGCUCAGCAUGCCGUGCGGUUGUGGAUGAACUAAAGCACUCCAUCAGCCAAGUGGACCCCAAGAAGACCAUCAACGUUGGCAGCUUCAGACUCCAGCCAGAUGGAUCCAUGACGGACAAGAAGGUGCCCCUCGCUCGCUCCCACACUCACCUGAGCCAAAUCCUGGACGGGGUGUGCGACUCCAUGAGUGACUACGCGCUGCACGUGGACCCGGACACCCGGCAGAGACGCUACCUUCGCUUUGCACCCAGGAGCAGCGGGGCCCCCGGGGACUUUCCCGACCUGAAGAACUUCCACUUCGAUGGCCCUGAGGCCCCCAAUGCCUUGAAGUUCGCAUGUGAGAGUGUGGUGGAGGAGCUGGAGGAUGACAUCAUCGCUCUGUUCAGCCAGGAAGAGGAGGAGGCACACACACAAUUAUGCAACAAUGUCUCAGGGCGUCCAAUAAAAAAAAAAAGCAGCUGCAGGCCUAUUGAGGCCUCCUGGCUGCCAUCUUGGCAGCUGGGGGAUUGACACAAGUUGUUGUGGCCACAAAAGGAAGUUUCACUUCACUGGUUUUGUCAUCUGAAAGGAAGAGGAGGGGGAAUCCCAUUCAUCUGACAGGAGGAAGAGGAGUAAUCAUAUUCAUCUGAAAGGAAGGAGAGGAGUAAUCAAACUCAUCUGGCAGGAGGAAGAGGAGGAAUCACACUCAUCUGAAAGGAAUAAAAGGAGGAAUCACACUCAUUUGAAAGGAAGAAGAGGAGGAAUCACACUCAUCUGACAGGAGAAAGAGGAGCAAUCACACUCAUCUGAAAGGAAGAAGAGGAGGAAUCACACUCAUCUGAAAGGAAGAAGAGGAGGAAUCACACUCAUCUGAAAGAAAGAAGAGGAAUUAUACUUUGAAAAGAAGAAGUUGGGGGAAUCACCUCAUCUGAAAUGAGGAAUCACACUCAUCUGACAGGAGGAAGAGGAGGAAUCACACUCAUCCGACAGGAGGAAGAGGAGGAAUCACACUCACCUGACAAGAAGAAGAGGAGGAAUCACAUUCUUAUGAAAGGAAGAAGAGGAGGAAUCACACUCAUCUGGCAGAAGGAAGAGGAUUCACACUCAUCUGAAAGGGAGAAGAGGAGGAAUCAUACUCACCUGAAAGGAAGAAAAGGAGGAAUCACCUCAACUGAAAGGAAGAAGAGGAGGAAUCACACUCAUCUGACAGGAGAAAGAGGAGCAAUCACACUCAUCUGAAAGGAAGAAGAGGAGGAAUCACACUCAUCUGAAACAAAGAAGAGGAAUUAUACUUUGAAAAGGAGAAGUUGGGGGAAUCACCUCAUCUGAAAUGAGGAAUCACACUCAUCUGACAGGAGGAAGAGGAGGAAUCACACUCAUCCGACAGGAGGAAGAGGAGGAAUCACACUCACCUGACAAGAAGAAGAGGAGGAAUCACAUUCUUAUGAAAGGAAGAAGAGGAGGAAUCACACUCAUCUGGCAGAAGGAAGAGGAUUCACACUCAUCUGAAAGGGAGAAGAGGAGGAAUCAUACUCACCUGAAAGGAAGAAAAGGAGGAAUCACCUCAACUGAAAGGAAGAAGAGGAGGAAUCACACUCAUCUGACAGGAGAAAGAGGAGCAAUCACACUCAUCUGAAAGGAAGAAGAGGAGGAAUCACACUCAUCUGAAACAAAGAAGAGGAAUUAUACUUUGAAAAGGAGAAGUUGGGGGAAUCACCUCAUCUGAAAUGAGGAAUCACACUCAUCUGACAGGAGGAAGAGGAGGAAUCACACUCAUGCGACAGGAGGAAGAGGAGGAAUCACACUCAUCUGACAAGAAGAAGAGGAAGAAUCACAUUCUUAUGAAAGGAAGAAGAGGAGGAAUCACAUUCAUCUGGCAGAAGGACGAAGAAUCACACUCAUCUGAAAGGGAGAAGAGGAGGAAUCAUACUCACCUGAAAGGAAGAAAAGGAGGAAUCACCUCAACUGAAAGGAAGAAGAGAAGGAAUCACACUCAUUGAAAGGAAGAAGAGGAGGAAUCGCACCCGGCCGUGGCCACCACUGCUGCUCACUGCUCCCCUCACCUCCCAGGGGGUGAAUAAGGGGUUGGGUCAAAUAGAGAGAAUAAUUUCACCACACCUAGUGUGUGUGUGUGUGACAAUCAUUGCUACUUUAACUUUAACUUUAACUAUACUCAUCUGAAAGGAAGAAGAGGAGGAAUCAUGCUCAUCUGACAGGAAGAAGAGGAGGAAUCAUACUCAUCUGAAAGGAAGAAGAGGAGCAAUCACACUCAUCUGAAAGGAAGAAGAGGAGGAAUAACCUCAUCUGAAAAUAAUAAGAGGAGGAAUCACACUCAUCUGACAGGAGGAAGAGGAGGAAUCACACUCAUCUGAAAGGAAGAAGAGGAGAAACUAUACUCAUCUGAAAGGAAGAAGAAGAGGAAUCAUGCUCAUCUGACAAAAAGAAGAGGAAUCAUGCUCAUCUGAAAGGAAGAAGAGGAGGAAUCAUGCUCAUCUGAAAGGAAGAAGAGGAGAAACUACUCAUCUGAAAGGAAA